UCAAAUCAAAUAUUAAACAGCCGCAGGUGGCAGUUUGCCCAUCGACAUUGACUUGAGAUUAACUGAAAAAUUUCAACUAUUUUGGGGCAAAACAAAACCCCUUUUGCAAAUUGAUGUGAGUGGUGAUUUGAUAGUGCAUUCAUACAUACAGGAGACGCUAGAACCGUUCAAACGGUUUACGAACAGUUCAUGCUGCAACAAUCACUUUGACAGUGCCAAUUUCUACCAAUUUUAACCCAAACUCUCCCUCAGAAUGGAAGAAACGCACAUUGAAAGCGCCGAGUUGAACCCUCCAGAGUCCCUCACUGCAACUUCCCUCCAAAGCCUAAACAAAGUUUUCAGGCAAGGCGACAAAGUUUACCAAGUCCCGGACGAAAAUAUUACCAUGAUCAAAGACACUGCGUGUCCAGCCAGCUCCUCUAUAUCCGAGCAUCAGGAGAAUCUGGAUGAGGUGACCUCCGGAGAGUCAUUGUUUAAGACUUUUGCCUUUGACAAUGCAAUCAGCCAAGAGGAGACGGAGAAAUGCUUGAGCUUCUGGCGUAGCGUGGUGGAGAAGAACCUGGAGCCCAUUAAGUGUUCGCUGAUCGAAAAUGUAGCCAACUAUCAAAAGCAGCUGGAGGAAAAGCGAAACCUUCCAGCCAAGAAAAGCAAACGCGCCUCAAAGGAGAUUGUGGGUGAAGGCACAUCGAAGACAAAACCGAAACCAAACGUUUGGUAUGAAAUGCUGCUGGAGCUACAGAGGAAGAGAUACAAAGAAACUAAACUUCUUCUGGAGAAGCGCUGCAGAUUCUGCGGCUACGCCUCUUCUCCGGAGUAUCAGCCCGAAGAUCCUGCCCUGGACAACCAGAAGAUGAUUGCAGAAAUGUCCACUUGGGAGCCCAAAAGCCAUAAAAGACAAAGUCCCCUAGUAAAGAACAUCGCUGUGCCCAAGAGUGUUGAAAAUUACUCCACUUCUAAGGCUGUAGCGGGCAACAGUGAAGAUAAACCUGAAGAAAUCCUUCAAGAAAAUAAACCAAAUUAUCAACUCCCAGAGUUGCUGAAGCAGAUUAAGGAAAGUUCCGACAAAAUCCAGUACGUUGACGCGAUUGAGCGCAAGAAGAUUGAAGGGAGUUAUGGGAAAUGGCGUAAAAAUUUCAACAAAUUGUGCAACUGCAACCGAAGUGAUUGCGACUGCAGCUCUAAUCCUCCCAUCAGUUCCACUCCUGGUUCCUCAGUUUCCAGCGCAGCUUCCUGGAAGCCAGAGCCUGAGCGGGAGUCUUCUGAGUCUCCUAUCCAACAGGAUCAAUCCUCCAUCGAUCCACAGCCCAUCCACAUUACAACCGAAAAUGUGCAAUUGCUAGAAGCCCCCGAUCUAGAGCCUCCUGCUUCUGCAACCCAGUUGGAGAACGAUCGCGAGCAACCAGGCAAGCUGACUGAGCUCUAUAAAGACUCUGAUCUGCAGCGCAUAUCGUACGCCUCCUGCAAGGUAAACGCGCAGAAAUCCCCGCAGGACCAGGAGCUGACUGCUACUGCGAGUGAAGUUCCUGGAACGCAAAACACCCCAGUAUCCGGAUUCACAGAUGAUGAACUUGAGGAAAUUCAGCUGGCAAUUUCUCCACAGAUCGCGCCCAGAAAAAGCAUCCUCAAAUCGAGGGAAGAAGCAGAGGAAAUGAAUAAAACCCGUUUGAAGAAAUCGCUGUCUGUAGUUAUUGCGUGCUGCUGCAGCUACCCGAAUUGCGACUGCACUGAGGCUCUUAAGGAAAAAAAUUUCCAUGAGAUCAGUGCUGAUUACCAAGACAAUUCUUUGGAAGUGAUCCAGAAAAAGACCAGCGUAAUCGAAUCAGAGCCCAUUGAGAAUGGAAGUCCUAAAGAUCAUCCAGUCUUCACCAGCCGGCCGUCACUGAUCACCAAAAGUGUAGAUUCUUUCGAUCUGAACAGGCAGAGAUUGAGCACCGUUUGUGAAGGAAAAAGAAAAUCUGGGGGCUCAAAAAUUGACGCGAAGGAUCCAGCGAAAAGUCGCAUUGUGUCGACAAUAGAAUCAUAAUCGACUUGCUUCA